CAUUUCUGAAUUCUUUUCAUCGCAGUUCCAAGUUCAAUUAUUCAGAUAAACAGAAGAGAAGAGUAAGCGAGGAACUAGCAGUAUCACAGAUGCUGCUUUUGAAGAAGCGAGCGAAGAGCACCCCUUUCCUCUUUCUAUCUUUGAGUUUCUCAUCAACCAAAUUCCGCCCAACCAAUCAAAACCCACCUAUCUUUGCUCCUUCUCAUCUCCAAAGCUACACUUCUGCCAUCCCACCAUCCAAGACCCACCUCCACUCAUCAUUCUUCUGCACCCUCAUACACCUUUACUUGGCAUGUGGCAGAUUUCUCAGCGCUUCUGAUGCCUUCUUUUCUAUGCGAAAUCACGGCCUUGUUCCUGUUUUGCCGCUUUGGAAUCGGCUUCUUUACCAAUUCAAUGCCUCGGGUUUUGUUUCUCAGGUACCUCUUCUUUACUCUGAGAUGCUCACUUGUGGGGUUUUGCCCAAUGUUUUCACCCGCAACAUUUUGAUUCAUUCUUUCUGCAAAGUGGGAAACUUGAGUUCGGCUCUAGAUUUCUUGAGAAAUGGUCAAAUUGAUACUGUUUCCUAUAAUACUGUCAUAUGGGGUUUCUCUAAACAAGGAUUGGCUUAUCAGGCUUUUGGGUUUUUGUCUCAAAUGGUGAGGAGGGCUAUUUCAAUCGAUUCUUAUACUUGCAAUACACUGGUUAAUGGGUUUUGUCAAAUUGGGUCGGUAGAUUAUGCAGAAUGGGUUAUGGAUAAUUUGGUUGAUGGUGGAAUUCCUAAGGAUGUUUUAGGUUUCAACACCUUGAUUGCUGGACAUUGCAAAGCUGGACAAAUUAGUCGUGCACUUGAGUUGAUGGAGAGAAUGGGGAGUGAGAGUCUGUUUCCGGAUAUUGUUACUUAUAAUACUCUCAUUCAUGGGUCUUGCAGCACGGGUGAUUUUGUAAGGGCCAAGAGUCUUAUAGAUGAGAUGUUGAGAUCUCGGAGAUAUGAAGACAUCCCUCAUGAUGAAAGAGACGAUGACCAGAAUCAGACUGACGGUAACCCUUUGAAACCAAACCUUAUAACACACACCACACUCAUUAGUUCUUACUGUAAGCAGCAAGGACUUGAAGAGGCCCUGUCUUUGUAUGAGGAAAUGGUUAUGAAUGGCAUUUAUCCUGAUGUAGUAAUUUAUAGCUCCAUUAUAAAUGGUCUUUGCAAGCAUGGGAGGUUAUCAGAAGCCAAAGUGCUUUUAAGGGAGAUGGAGAAAAUGGGUGUGGAUCCUAAUCAUGUCUCCUAUACUACCCUUGUUGAUUCCUUGUUUAAGGCAGGCUCUUCCAUGGAAGCUCUUACCCUUCAAAGCCAAAUGGUUGUUCGUGGCCUUGUUUUUGAUAUAGUAAUCUGUACUGCUUUAGUGGUUGGACUCUUUAAGGUUGGGAAAGCUGACGAGGCUAAGACUUUUUUUCGAACAAUUUCAAAGCUUAGCCUAGUUCCAAAUUCUGUCACCUACUCUGCAUUGAUAAGUGGGCUUUGCAACUUAGGGGACAUGAAUAGUGCAGAAUCAGUACUUAAAGAAAUGGAAGAGAAACAUGUUCUCCCGAAUAUUGUUACUUAUUCUGCAAUCAUAAAUGGCUUCGUGAAGAAAGGAAAGGUUGGUGAGGCUAUGAAUUUAUUGAGGACGAUGGUGCAACAAAAUAUCCUGCCAAAUGCUUUUGUGUAUGCAGCACUAAUUGAUGGGUGCUUUAAGGCAGGUAAACAAGAAUUUGCUCUUGAUCUUUACAAGGAAAUGAAAAUGGGAGGAUUGGAGGAAAACAAUUUCAUACUUGAUACUUUUGUGAACAACAAGAAAAAGUGCAGAAGGAUGGAAGAAGCUGAAGGAUUAAUUAUGGAUAUGACUUCUGGGGGUUUGUCUCUUGAUCGUGUUAACUACACAUCUCUAAUGGAUGGGUACUUUAAAGCACGAAAGGAGUCAAUUGCUCUUAACUUGGCCCAAGAGAUGAUGGAGAAAAAUAUAGGGUUUGAUGUUGUUGCAUACAAUGUCUUAAUGAAUGGUCUGUUGAAGCUUGGGAAAUAUGAAGCAAAAUCUGUCUGUAUUGGAAUGAAAGAGUUGGGUUUGGCUCCUGACUGUGCCACAUACAAUACCAUGAUUAAUGCAUUCUGCAGAGAGGGUGACACUGAAAAUGCUUUUAAACUCUGGCAUGAGAUGAAGUGUCAAGGGUUAAUUUCGAACUCAAUAACUUGUGACAUUCUGUUAAGAGGACUUUGUGAUAAAAAUGAGAUUGAAAAAGCACUAGAUGUCUUAGAUGGAAUGCUGGCUGUUGGUUUUCUCCUUACCUCAUUUACUCAUAGAAUUUUGCUUAAUGCUGCUUCAAAGAGUGGGAGAGCUGAUACAAUUUUGCAGAUGCAUCAUAAGCUUGUGAGUAUGGGGCUUAACCUCACUCGUGAUGUUUAUAACAAUCUCAUCACUAUCUUAUGCAGGCUAGGAAUGACCAGGAAAGCUACUUCAGUACUGAAAGAGAUGACUAGAGGAGGAUCUCUAGCAGAUACUGAUACUUACAAUGCCCUUAUAUGUGGAUAUUGCACAAGCAGCCAUCUGAAAAGGGCUUUUGCUACAUACUCGCAAAUGUUGGCUGUGGGAGUUUCUCCAAGUAUUGAAACGUUCAAUUUUCUCUUAGGGGGACUUUCAGGUGCUGGUCUGAUGACAAAGGCAGAAGAGUUAUUUGGUGAAAUGACGAAUAGAGGCUUUGUUCCUAAUGCCUCUACAUAUGAUAUUUUGGUUUCUGGCCAUGGUAAGAUUGGAAAUAAAAAGGAAGCUAUAAGACUUUAUUGUGAAAUGGUAAGGACAGGUUUUGUUCCCAGAACUAGCACCUAUAAUGUUCUUAUUAGUGAUUUUGCUAAAGUGGGAAAGAUGAGCCAAGCUAGGGAGCUUAUGAAUGAGAUGCAGACAAGAGGGACCUCUCCUAACUCUUCAACUUACAACAUACUAAUCUGUGGCUGGUGUAAGCUAUCAAAGCAUCCAGAGCUGGAGAGGAAUUUGAAAAGGUCAUAUCGGGAUGAGGCAAAAAGAUUAUUAACUGAUAUGAAUGAGAAAGGGUAUGUUCCAUGUGAAAGUACCCUUCGAUGCAUCAGUUCUGCCUUUGCUAGACCAGGAAAGAAGGCUGAUGCUCGGAGGCUAUUGAAGGAACUGUACAUAAAAAAGAAUAUAUGAUAGAUGGGCUGAACGAAGAAAAGAGGAAAUACCCAUCCUGGUAUAACAUGCCUUUCAAUCAAUACUGUGGCUAGUUCAAUUCUUCAGUUGGAACCAAGUCCUGAAAUGCUAUAUACAUGGUUGGUCAUUCUGCAUUUGAAGAUCAAGGCAAUGGCUCUCCCAAUGAUUUCAGGAGUCUAUUUAAAGAUAUCUUUGAUAAUGAUGUAAUGACUUUAUUCUUAAAGUAAGGUUCUACAACAAGGUGAAGUACCAUCUAUGUUUCCUAAUUAUUGGCUCUUGCAUUUCUUUUUUCUUUUUGUGGAUGUUAUUUUCACUUUGGGUGGUAUGUACAUGUUAUUGGUGGGCGUUGUUUCCAAUGGAAAUUAGAUCUUCAUCAUUUUCCAUCAGAAUUUGGUGGUCAAGAUAUCAAAGGUUUUAUCCAUCUUCAUUUUUGUUGUUGAUCUGUGUAUGUGCUUUAGAAUCUGCUCCAUGACAUGGAUUUCUUUUCAUUGGAACCAUCCUUUAUGGAAGCUGUCCAGGGAUGUGCUAAAACUGUGACAUUUCCAGCUGCAGUGGCCUGUGAAGGGUGGAAGUGGUGUUCCUCCUGGCACCAGACCUGAAGCAUGUAAGCACUGUAAAGGGUCUGGCAUGACUUUCAUGCAAACUGGCCCAAUUAGGAUGCAUACUUGUUCGAAUUGUGGUCGUAACAGUAAAACUUUUUUGGAGCGACUACUUGAAGCAGGCAGGACUAUACAAAAGGAACAUUUCUGAGCCUUCGAGUACUUUAUUUUGGCCUUCUUUGCAGGACCAACUACUUGUAGCAGGAUACCCUUAGGAUUGCUUUUCAGAAUUUGCUGCUUGAAUAAAAUGAUGAAUUUUUGGAAGGUUCAGAAAGGGUUUUGAGGCUCCUUCAGGUUGAGAGAAAAUGUCAAGUGAUCUCACAUUAGCGU